AUUUGGUUUCAUAGACCCCUUGCUUUAAGGAGUUGGAAUCUUGUGGUUACUUCUGAUUGCAAGAGAUUGAUUUAAAUACAGAUUCUGGGAACUGUAAGGCAACCUCUGAAAAUCCCUUUGAGAAGAGGCGGAAGCCUCCUUUGGCCGAGAUGUCACGGCAUCACAGCCGGUUUGAAAGAGAUUAUCGCACAGGAUGGGACCGCCGGGAGUGGAGCACCAAUGGGAACCAUGUGAACAGCAGUAACUGCAACAGCACAGUGAACAGCAAUAGCAACAAUAGACCAGGGCUUCUGCCUGUGCCAAUUGUACCCUCACGUCUGCAUGCCCCAGCCACAGUUGCUUGUACCACAGUGAACAGUGAUGUGAUAACCACCCUUGUGGCCAACUCUUCUGCAGCUGCAACAACCAAAACGCCUUGCAUUUCAAAGACAGAGAAUCAGCCACAAGGAUUAGCAACCAGCGUCAGGUGGGGACAGACACCCAUCAAUCAGUCUACACCCUGGGACACAGACGAACCCCCAUCCAAACAGAUGAGGGAGACUGAAAACCCAGGUACAGCUCCAUGGGUUACAACAGUUGCAGCAGGUAGCCAGCCAACUCUUAUCACUCAUUCUUAUGGGAUGACUCAACCUCCGACCUUCAGCCCAGCCGUGAACGUCCAAGCCCCUGUCAUUGGAGUUACACCCUCACUCCCUCCUCACGUUACCCCCCAGCUUCCAUUAAUGCCAGCUCAUUACCAGCUCCAGCAGCAGCCUUCACAGCCUCUGAGUAACAUGGUUGUGAACCUGCAAAGCCAGCCUCUGUACACUAACAGCCAGCCCAUUACAAUGUCUUCUAUGACCGGGGUUGGUCAGGUGACUCACCCGGGCCACAGUACAGUAGGGAACGGUCAUAUGACUUGUCCUAUCCUGCCUCCACCACCACCUGCUUUGCCUUCAGCCGCCCUACCUAAUAGUGUUCCGGCUACCAAUGGGCAGGCUGCUCCUCAGCUUCCUCCUAACCAGACGGGCAGUCAGGACAGCACAAAUGGCGUACAGAUGCUACGGACGGUUGGUGUGGGAAAGUACGAGUUUACGGAUCCUUGGCACCCAAAAGAAAUGUUGAAGGAGUUGAACCAGCAACGCAGAGCGAAAGAGUUUACAGACCUGAAAAUUAUUGUUGAAGGCAAAGAGUUUGAAGUCCACCAAAAUGUUCUAGCUUCCUGCAGCUUGUAUUUCAAGGACCUGAUUAAAAGGUCACCCCGGGACAGUAGCAGAAGCAGUGAGAAGCUGGAGUUGGAAUUAUCAAAUCUCACGGCGGAUGUCCUGGAAUUACUGCUGGAGUUUGUUUAUACAGGUUCCUUAGUAAUAGAUUCCGUCAAUGCCAAAACUCUUCUGGAAGCUGCCAGCAAGUUCCAGUUUCAUACAUUCUGCAAAGUCUGUGUGUCAUUUCUAGAAAAACAGUUGACUGCUAGCAAUUGCUUAGGAAUAUUAGCCAUGGCUGAAGCGAUGCAGUGCAGCGAGCUAUACAACAUGGCAAAGGCCUAUGCCCUGCAGAUUUUUCCGGAGGUGGCAAAUCAAGAGGAGAUUCUUAAUAUCUCGAAAGACGACUUCAUUUCCUAUAUGUCCAAUGACAGCCUGAACACAAAAACGGAAGAGCUGGUUUAUGAAACGGUGAUAAAGUGGAUUAAAAAAGAUGCUGUGAUCAGAGCCCAGUAUGCUCCUGAGUUGCUGGCAGUGGUCCGCCUACCCUUCAUCCAUCCCAGUUAUCUGCUAAACGUUGUUGACAAUGAGGAGUUGAUAAAGUCUUCAGAGGCCUGCCGGGAUCUAGUGAAUGAAGCGAAGCGUUAUCACAUGCUGCCUCACGCCCGACAAGAGAUGCAGACUCCAAGAACCCGACCCAGGUUAUCAGCAGGUGUGGCUGAAGUAAUAGUCCUCGUCGGUGGACGUCAAAUGAUUGGGAUGAAUCAACGCGCCUUAACAGCAGUAACGUGCUUCAACCCUCAGAGCAACAAAUGGUACCCCCUGGCCAGCUUGCCCUUCUAUGACAGGGAGUUUUUCAGCGUGGUGAGUGCUGGAGACAACGUCUAUCUCUCAGGUGGCAUGGAGUCUGGAGUCACACUCUCUGACGUCUGGUGUUACAUGUCACUACUCGAUAACUGGAAUCUCGUUUCCCGAAUGACAGUCCCGAGGUGUCGGCACAACAGCCUGGUGUAUGAUGGGAAAAUAUAUACCAUUGGAGGCCUUGGUGUAGCAGGCAACGUUGAUCACGUGGAGAGGUACGAUACUAUCACCAAUCAAUGGGAGACAGUCGCUCCGUUGCCAAAGGCUGUGCAUUCUGCAGCUGCCACCGUUUGCGGUGGGAAGAUCUAUGUGUUUGGCGGAGUAAAUGAGGCUGGCCGUGCCGCUGGAGUCCUUCAGUCAUACGUCCCUCAGACUAAUACAUGGAGUUUUAUAGAGUCACCCAUGAUAGAUAACAAAUAUGCUCCUGCAGUCACUCUCAAUGGUUUCAUCUUUAUUCUUGGAGGAGCUUAUGCACGAGCGACCACCAUCUAUGACCCAGAAAAAGGCAAUAUCAAAGCAGGCCCCAACAUGAACCACUCCAGGCAGUUCUGCAGUGCGGUGGUUCUUGAUGGAAAAAUUUAUACCACGGGUGGAAUUGUCAGCAGCGAAGGCCCUGCUCUGGGAAAUAUGGAAGCCUAUGACCCCAAAACAAACACAUGGACGCUUCUGCCCAAUAUGCCAUGCCCUGUCUUCCGACAUGGCUGCGUAGUAAUUAAAAAGUACAUUCAGAGUGGUUGAUGGCCAUGAAGACAAGGAUUUCAAACAGGCUGUCGCCUGCUGAAAGUAGGCAAGAAAAAGAAACUGUCCUACAGAGAAAAAUCAAGGAAAUGAAUAACCGGCAAACAACCUGUCUAAAAUUGGGAAUAAUCUCUACAUUGAAUGUAGAAAUUCAUCCUCACCUUUUGGUGAAGGAGCGGACAGCUCCAUGCUAUGUACGAUAGUGUGACUUAACACAAGUGUGCCACUAGAUGUCGUAGUGGCACUUGUUACAGACAGAGUUUUGGUCUACCCAGGUGCAAUAAUAGCAUUUCCCAUACGUUGUUUAACUAGGGGGAAAGGAAGAGUCGGCGUUAACACUCCUAGAGAGCAAGCUCGGUUCUUAAAACAACUGAUUAGGUUUUGCUAUUACACUUUAAGCAUCGGGCUAUGUGAAAGGAAGGUCAAAGUGUCCUUACCACUUUGAUUGCUACAUUUUUCUUUUUAAACCAACAUAUGCUUUUCAAUACCAAUGACCGAGAUAGAACUUAUGUGACAGACUGCGUAGAUUGAGGUCAGUCUUCCACCAGAGCAGAUGUUUAUUACGGCUCCUUAGAGCAGAGCUAAUAAAAGGAUAGAAGUGUGUCUGUCUGUCUGUCUACUAGCAUUCCAUGUCCUUUUAAUGAAAAGGUUUUCUGAAAUUGUAUGCCAAUGUGAAUGUGUGGUCGUGAGGAGGGCUUGUUUCUCCCUUUCUACUGUUUUUCUACUGUAUGAACAAAAUGACAGCUAAAUUUCUGUAAAGCAAGAGGCAUCUAGGAGCUUUUAUUAAACUUUUAUUUAUCUAUUCAAAGUUUAAAAUGAAUAUUCUGUGUUGGGUUUCCCUGAGCCAGUUAUUUAAGGCAAUGCCUUUUAGUGGGGGUCUAAGAUAGCCACUGAACGAUAGUCCACUAUCCAGGAUAUAUGCCACUGUCUAUAUUUUUGUCAGAUGAAUCAAGAUCCUAUCUAUUUUUUCAAACUCUCUCGCUCUGCCCCCUCCCCUUUCCCAAGUAUAUGUGGGAGUCUUAAAAGAAACCCUCUCUUUCCCCAAGAGGCUUUCAGUGGCUGCUUUUCUUAGAAUAAAUGCUUCUGCAGCUUUCUCACUGCACAGGUUUAACAACUAUAAUUGGAAACGCAUCAGGUUCUUUCCUACUUUAGAGAGAGGGUGUGUGGGGAAAAGGUUCUGUAGAGUUGUAAGUAUAUACACAGCAGGGCUAUAUUUUUAUAUGUAUAUUAAAAUAUUGUAUAUUCAGAGAA